AUGGAUAUGGAUAAACAAAGCCUUUCAGCUAGCAAAAAGGAUGAUGGAAUAGCUUCAACUUUUGUUGAAGGGGAUAUUAGUGUCAUUGAUACUGCCGAUAGUAGAAAAGUUCAUGAUCCAGAAAAAGAUUUUGAAAAGAAAUUAGAUUAUGAAAAUUCUCACAUUCCUAUGGUCGCAGCGGCUGUUAGCACAAGAGAUGAUCCGACAUUACCAUGCUUAACUUUUCGGUUUUGGGUGUUAAGUAGCUUGUUCACAUCGUUAGGUGCCACGCUAUCAGAAUUUUACUACUUUCGUUCAAAUGGUGGUGCUUAUUCCAUGUUUUUUGUAUUACUUGUAUCAUAUAUUUUGGGAAUGUGGAUGGAAAAAUUUCUACCUACACGAACUUUUCAAUUUAAAAACUGGAAAUUUAGUCUCAAUUCAGGUCCUUUCAAUGUAAAGGAACACGUGUGUAUAUUUGUUGCGGCUGCUGCGGGAGGUGGAUCUGCGUAUGCUACGGAUAUUAUCGCUAUCAAAGAUCUUUUCUAUAAUACUAAAGUCAGUUUCUUCAAUGGAUUUUUGUUAUUGAUGAGCACACAAAUUCUUGGAUAUGGGCUAGCUGGAUUUCUUCGUAAAUACUUAGUCCGUCCUGCUAAUAUGAUAUGGCCUUCGAAUCUUGUCUACGCAUCUAUGUACAACACGUUACAUGGCAACGUUUCUGAAACACGUGACAAGAUUAAGUUUUUUGCUAUUGCCUUUACUGCCAUGUUUGUUUGGCAAUUUGUACCACAAUAUAUGUUUACUUGGUUGACUAGCAUGGCUCUAUUGUGUCUUAUCGCACCGUCUAGCAAAAUUAUUAAACGAUUAGGGAGUGGAUAUCACGGCGUUGGUAUUCUUAAUUUCUCAUUGGACUGGAAUUCUAUUGGACAGCUUGGUCCUUUGUAUACUCCCUGGUGGGCUCAAGUGAAUAUAUAUUCUGGUAUCAUCAUUAGUGCGUGGAUUAUCGCUCCGUUAGCCUAUUACUAUAAUGUUUUUGACGCUCAAAAUUUUCCAUUCCUUGCUACUUAUUCAUUGGACAAAUAUGGUCAAAGAUACAACCAAUCUGCAAUAAUAGAUCAUUCGACUGGAUCUCUCAAUGUUACGGCUUAUGAGAAUUAUAGUCCAGUGUACCUAUCCGUUACAUUUGCCCUUUCUUAUCUUUACUCUUUUAUCGGACUUUCUGCGGUACUCAGUCACGUGUUCUUAUUUUACGGUAAAGAUAUUUGGCAACGAUUCAAAGCUAGUCGUGAGGAAGAACUAGAUGAUAUUCAUUGCAAAUUGAUGAAUAAUUAUCCAGAAAUACCAAAUACUUGGUACGCGUUAAUUUUCAUUAUCAUGUUAAUAAUCGCAAUGAUUCUCUGCUAUACAACCGAUGCGAAUUUACCUUGGUGGGGAUUAUUAAUGGCGAUUUCUUUGGCCAUAGGCAUGGUGCUUCCUGUAGGCGUUAUUCAAGCUAUUUCAAAUAAUCAGAUCGGUUUAAAUGUGAUAACCGAAAUGGUGUGCGGUUAUGUUUUACCUGGCCGUCCAAUUGCCAAUAUAUAUUUUAAAUGUUAUGGAUAUAUGGCAAUGGUUCAAUGUUUGUUACUUGUCUCUGAUCUAAAAUUGGGUCAUUAUAUGAAAGUCCCUCCGAAGUGUAUGUUUAUAGCCCAAUUAUGGGGUACAAUUCUUGGCGGAUUUGUAAAUUAUUGGAUAUUGAAUCUCAUAAUCGCGACAAAACGACCUUAUAUUGAUGGCACAUUGAGUGAUCCAACUGGUCAAUUCACAGGAUAUCAAUCACAAAUAUUCAACACUGCAUCUAUAGUAUGGGGAUUGAUUGGACCUGCAAGAACGUUUGGACGUGACUCAAUGUACGGCAUACUUCUCUGGGGUUUUCUUAUUGGUGUUUUUGCGCCAGUACCAUUUUACCUACUUCACCGAAAAUUUCCAAAGGCUAGAUUUGAUCUUGUGAAUAUACCAUUGAUAUGCAUUGGAUUAAGCAUACUUCCCGGAAUUUAUACAAAUUUUAUAAUCUCAGGAAUUAUUGCUAGCUUUUUAAGUCAGUAUUACGCGUAUCGGUAUAAAACUCGAUGGUGGACAAAGUAUAAUUACGUAUUAUCAGCGGCAUUUGACAGUGCUGCACAAAUUGCGACAAUGACUAUUUUCUUUUGUCUCAAUGGUGUUUUUAAGAUACCAUUUCCAGAAUGGUGGGGUAAUGAUAAGAUUUCCCAAGGUGAACGUUGUUUUAGCGAUGAAUAA